AUGGACUUACGAAGAGCUGCCAAAGCACGUCUUUCGAGAUGGGUCAAACCCAAAAGCAAGCGUGUCGAGCUGAAUGCACCCGAGUUUGUUCGAGAGCAGUGGGAAACUGGCAACAAAAAUGUCAUUGCCGAUGUGUUCUCCAAAGUGAACUUCAACCAGGAGAUCUUCGUGAACCAGCUGCGCAUCCUUGUGCAGAAGAAGAAGUUGGUGGAAGUCACCAUUACCGAAGGUUGGUUUUCUGAGCAGGAACUCUCAUCUGACUUUGGUUGGAACAAGAUUGACGGUGCCAAAGCAAGAUGCAAGGCGCUUGGUGAUUCGCAUUUCAGGCACAACAUGUAUGACGGAUCGGAAGAGUUCUGGGUGAUCAUCAAAGAAGAAGGUCGCAGACAGGACUCACUUGCGUACGAGGAAACCCAUGAGAAGAAAGCCAAGGCCGAAGGUGACCCUCAGUUCGCCUUUGGAACGUCGUCUCUGGCCCUAGAUGCUGCCCAGAAGCGGGAUGCUUCGGAGAAGCAACGCAUUGCGGACAAAGAGCCUGAAGUGGAAUCGAAGUUUGGGCAGACCAAAGAGAAGUUCAAGAAGUUCAAGAAGUUCAUGGAAUCAAUGCUGCAGAAAACGGGCCGUUUGAGAUCGUUGGUGAAGGAAUUGAAGACCAAAUUCUCGGAGGAUGAUGGAGCCAAAGAGUGCCUUGCAUCACUCCAGAAUGAGAUCAAGAACCUGGAUCAGCAGUAUGACAAGUGCCAGGAGCAAUGGUGCAUUGGGGAGGCACAAGGCUUUUUUACGGAGAAGUUCUACACCGGCGCUGAAGAUGCCAUGAAACAUGCAACCCUGGCGUGUGGAAUCCCAGACACAUGA